AUGACUCAGAUCGCGAUCUGCACCAAGAAGCGUUUAGGUGAUUUCCAGUUUGUUGGCGGCAGCGUCCUUAGCGAUGAGCGGGCUAAUGAUGAAAACAAACGCCCAAAUACCAGACAGGAGGAAGAAAGAAUUAUAGAGAAGAGAGAAAGAUGGCGAUCACAAAAACAAAACCAACGAUCAAAACUGAGUUCACAAAAAAAACGAAGAAUCCGAGAAAAAGACAGAGAAAGGAAAAGAAAACAGAAGAAGCAAGGAAAUUCAGAAACCACUUCCAGCACCCAUGAGAAUGUUUCCGGCCCAUCACUUUCAGAUGAUGCUUUAAGAAAAGCAGUGUAUAGAGCAAAACUAAAGAUCCCAAAGAGUCCAAAAAAAUAUGCGGAGGUGGUUACCAAGCUUGUCCAAAAUACAACUCCACGAAAAACUGAAGCCCUCAGAAAAAAAGGUAUAACAUCACCAAAUGCGAGAAAGAAGCUGGACAUGUUGACUGAGACUCUGAGUGCAACUUACAAGUCAAUGGAAGGACGGGAAAAAAAUAAAGUUAAACUCCGUCGCUCUUUUGUAAGGCAACUGGCAAGCAAUAUCAAAAACAGAAAUGCAACAGCAGUGUGCAGCCGUUUAGGAAUAAAUAGAAAGUUCCUAACACACAAUAUUACUGAAAGAAAAUACAAGAAGAGGAAAGAUGCAUUGGAUGAGAACACAACACAGUCAAUAGAGGAGUUUUAUCGGAUGGAAACUGUUUCUAUCAAUGUGCCCAACAAAAAAGCAGUUAAUAAAGCAAUGAACUCAAAACAUGUACUUCAAGAUUUAUACAGGGGUUCAUAUGACAAAUGGAAGUCUCUUAACCCAGACAAAAAGGUGUCAUUUUCAAAGUUUCUACAAGUGAAACCGAGAGAUGUUCUUAAGCAAAGUAGGCGUCAUCUGCUACAGUGCUUAUGUGAGUACUGUGAAAACAUCCGACUGAAGAUAGUAGCAGUUAACAAAUGUGAAGGUAUCAAAAUCACCAACAAAUUAAGCUGCAUAAGCCUGAUAAUGUGUCCAAAAGUUGGAGAGUCCCAAUUCCAGGACUUGGCCUGCAUUCAAAGAACAUGUACCACCUGUUCAGCGAAAGCUCUGGAGGAGGUAUUGGAGCCUUUAUGUAACAAAGAGGGUCAUUUUCAGUUUAAGUCCUGGGAUUUGGUCAAAUAUCACAAUAGGAAGACGGGAAAGACAACAUCAAAACGAGAACUUGUUGAAACAUCACUGGAUCCAAGGGAAUUCAUAAAGAAGAUGGUGACAGAUGUAACAUUUCUAGCAAAACAUCUAUUUGAGGCUGAAUGGCAGCAGACCCAGAUAGGAACCCUUGUCAAACAUGUUGCGAAUAAGCAAGUCGUAAUCAUCGCAGACUUUGCAGAAAAUUACACAUGUUUUAGCCAAAACGAAAUUCAGGGAGCACAUUGGAUGCGGAAUCUGGUAACUGUACAUCCAACAAUAACGUUUUACAGGUGCCCAGAAGAUGGUGAGAUCACUGAAGAAGCAAUAUAUAUAGUGUCGGAUGAUAAUAUCCACAAUGCAGAUGCGUUUCAUACUUUUCAUAAAAAGAUAAUCCAGCAUCUUACCACAAGGAAUAUAGUAAUAGAAGAACAGAUCAUUAUUACCGAUGGAUGUGCUUCGCAAUAUAAAGGGAAAACAUCGUUCAUGGAUGCAAGCAUGGGUAUUGAGGACUUUGGAUCUACUAUUGAACGUGUCUACUAUGGUUCACGUCAUGGAAAAAAUAGAUGUGACGGCGAAGGGGGUAUACUCAAGUCAAAAGUAACAAGAGGUGUGAAAAGUGGUGAAGUCAGCAUAAACAAUGCACAAGAAUUUGCCAUGUAUUGCCAGACAACACUUAGUAAACCUGAAAGCAUCAAUGGCACUCAUAACCACAAAAGGAGGACAAUUAUCUAAGUCCCGUCCCAGGACAUUGAUCGGAACAGACCCAGCCGGCAGGUAAAGACUGUUAAAGGAACCCAGUAAUUCCAUUCCGUCAAAGGGGUGUCCAAAGGCGUAAUUUGGACACGGGAACUGUCCUGUUUCUGCGAAAACUGUCGUAAAAAGGAUUAUAAUUCUUGCCUUCAGAGCAAGUGGGUGGACACCUGGAAGCAGAGCUGUCUAAUUUGAACUUC